AUGCUAGCUUUCGGGAAAAAAGCGUUUUGUCACGUUCCUUUUUACGCGACGGCAUCUCCCAAAUCUGUGAUGUCUGCUGCUAAGGGGAUUCAAAACGGCAAUGUCCGAACGCUGGUCAUUCGUUCCUCCCGUGUGUCUCCGUAUCGCGUUCGCAAUCAGGCUGGCGGUGCCUACAGCCCCUUUAUGCGAGCGAAGAUGCGGGCUCGUCGUGCGCAGGAUCAGAAACCGUCUCUGGAAAUGGCGCUGGCCAUGCCCCUAUCGGCUCAGGAAAUGGACAAUUCGAGUUUGGCAACACUAGGUGCGAUGGGAAACCAUGCGGCGCGCGAAGAAAUACUGAAGCGACACAUAAUGUCGGUAGACAAAAUUUCGUACGAUAGGGCCUGUGAGACUUUCCAAGAAAUCGAAAACAAAAACAGGCAAGGAAUGAUCUUCUUGUCCUUGCCGUAUCAGAUUGGGAUCGCCAUGGGCGUGACCGCCGCGUUUGCGUCAAUUCCGCUUGUCUUUGACUUACCCACUGCCGAAUGGUUCAACGAGCAUUUUGUGACGACAGACGUGCCGGAACCGAAAGAUUUGGAAACCAUGUUGGAAGUGGGUUCUUGGACGUGGAACUGGAUGGAACCGCCCCUCGGUCAAAUCUCGUUUUUCUUGCUGUGCCUGCAGUAUUCGCGCGCGCAACUGGAUAACUUGGGCAUUAAGCCAUAUACAAGCAAGAUUAAGCGAAUGCGUGGGGAGCGUCUGGCAACCGCUUUUCCACAGUACGACCCGAGAAUUCUAAUUGGUUAUUCCGAAUCAGCCAAAGUCUUUUUGGCAUAG